CUCACUUCCUCACCACAUUCAUCGCCAUGCCCAGGGCAAAGAGGAAGUCGACAGGCGUCAAGGUCGAGUCAGAGGCAGCAGACCCAAUUCUUCAGCACCACGAUCCUUCAUCCUCCUCUUCGGCAACAACUUCAAAUCUAGACGCAACUGCCUCCCACCUAGCAGGAUACUACGUCCCAGCUGUAGCUCCAUCCGACGUCUCUACCAGCGGAGAUGAGGAUGACGAGGCUUGGAUGACGAACGACGCUAGCGGCGAGCAGGACGCAACAGGACCAACUAAUCAGCACCAACAGCACGGCGGAGCUCAGAGCGAUGAUGACGAUGAUGACGAGGGAGCAGGUGGAGCUGCUAGCUCUGGUGCAAAGAACAAGAAGGAGGCGACGUGCAGAUGGAAUGAUUGUGGCCAUAUAUUCGCCGAUAUGAUCAAGUUCAUUGACCACUUGCACAACACUCACGUAGGUACCACGCGCAACAAAUACGCCUGCGAAUGGACAGGCUGCUCGCGUCGAGGGAAACCUCAGACAAGCCGAUUCGCCUUGCUAUCGCACUUGCGAUCCCACACGGGCGAGAAGCCCUUCACCUGCCCAAGGCCAGACUGCGACAAGAGCUUUACCCGCUCCGAUGCCCUAUCAAAGCAUAUGCGCGUACAGCACGACAUCAUGCCGGCGCCUGCUCGAGGAGGAAGGAUCUCUGCUGCAGCAAUGGCCGAGAGGGCUGCUGCUGAGAAGGCGGCAGCGGAGGGGAGGUCGCUCCCGCCAGCAUCUGGGGCGGGGGCGGGGACGAGGAGUAGUACCAGGCGAUCAGCGAUGGCUGCUAGUGGCAGCACCGAUGCCACGACGUCGCUUGACGAGGAGCUCCUAGGCCUCGCGGGGGACUUGCCGUCCUCAUCCCACUCUUCGUCCAGCAUGUCCACCGCCGCUCAAAUAGCAGCCAACGCAGAGGCUAUGCCCGGUGACAAGCUACACUGGAGCUACGAAGCCAUGUUCCCCCCUGACGAGAGCAGCGAGGCACAGCAGCAACAGCAACUUCAGCAACAGCAGGCAGGUGCCCAGCCUGGCUCUUCAGCUGGCCAGCCUCAACCCAACACGGGCUCAUCAGGCUUCACAGAUGAAGAGCUAGGCAUCGAACGCUACUCCUCCAUCCGCAGGCGAAUUCCCCUCUCCUGGGUGGACGGGACACUAGAAGACUGGAACCCUACGGUCGGCGCGUCUGCCGUGGCUGUUGACCCGGCAUCCAGACCGGAGCUCCAGUAUCCGCAUGACGAUCAAGAGGCCGAGGCCGAGGCCAAUUUGGUGCUGGAGAGAGGCAGGAAAGCUUGGGUCAUGGAGAUGAGCAGGAGACAGGCGGAAGAGUUCAAGCAAGCUGGUGGGUCCGGAGGGGCUUUCAUGGGGAAGGGGCAGACGCCUGCAAAGAAGCAAGCGGAUGGCAACGCAGCAGCUGGACCGUCGACGGCUGGCGCAUUCUACGAUAGCGACUCGGACAUGUCCGACGUCAGCGGACCUACACAAGAGCCGGCUGCGGCAACCGCUCCUGCGUCAAUCCCAGCAGACUCAACGACAACAGCAGAGGUACCAAACAGCGGUCGACCAAAGAGGCAGAUCCGCCCACCCGCCGGCCGUCACCUCGAUGAGACUUCCGGCGCCGGCGGUGAUACGAGCGUGGGGAACGCCUCACUCAACAGCAUGCAGGUCGACGAGGAUCCGACAGCAGCAGGGGUUGGUCGUGCUAGGACGCUCGAGGAAGAAAGCGUUCUCUCCUCUGCCCCGUCGUCACCCACAGCUCAUGCGAUAAGUAGCUUUGACGCUUCGGCGACCACUGCUCCCGCAUCAGCGGCGCCACACCACCUUUCACGACGCCAAGCGGCUCCCGCCCGCACCACAGGCCCCUUCUCCUCCUCCUCCUCCUCGAGCGGACCCCUUCUCUCCACUCUUAUUCGAGCCCACCUGAUCGAGUCAUCCAAGCUCUCCCUCGCUCAAGCAGAGAAUAAGCGCCUCGUGACUGACCUAGAGUCCAGCCUGCACGAGUUGCGCGACUUGAUGUGGGAGAAGAAGAGGGUUUUGGAGGCCGUUCUAGAGAUAGAAUUGGGGGCCGACGUGAAGGCUAUCUUUGAGCCGGGAGCUGAGGAGCAGCAGGAGGAGGAGCAUGCGACCCAUCAGGAGGAGGGCAUGGGCAUGGGCAUGGAGAUGGAUCCUAACCAGCACGAAGGCCAUCAUCACGACAUGUCCUCUUAUGGCGAUUCAGCAAGCGCAGUGGCGGCGGCAGCAGCUGCUUUGCAGCAGCAGGCUGCGCAUCAGCAUGCGUAUCCGCCUCAACAUCAUGGCCAGGCUGUCUAG